CACGUUUUGCCCAUGCAGUGCUUUUGAAAUACAAAUUAAAGCGAUCUUAGACCAGUGCGGUCCGAAUGGUUGGAAUUAAUGCUUACCUGUUGGACGAACACGCAUUAGGAGUAUUUCUGCAGAAUUUCCAUAGGCGAAUAGGAAGGAAAGAAUAUAUAGUAAGAAGUGACGGUUAGAGAAUCAAGAACCAAUACCAUAUUUAAAUAAACGCACGACAAUAAACCAUGACAAAGGACAUAAUUUGUCUUUAUACGGUAUUCUUGGUCGCAUUCGCCGAGCCAUCUUUUGAAGUCGAAAGUGUGGAUAAUCCAAAAAUGGAUCACCAAAACGUCUUGAAAAAUAGCUCUCUACCUGAAUGUAUAUUCAAUGUAACCAACGCGAAUAUAAAGUACUUCAAGUCAAAGUUAGAAGUGUACGAAUCUGAGUUCAUAAGAUUUCGGAUCAGCAUGAAGAAUUCAACAGUCAUGAACAGAACUUUACCUGGCGUAUUUCAGCCUGACCUAUGGGUGUGGACAUAUCGUUCUCCGUAUGGAAACUAUUCCUACCUAAGCUGGAACAUAGCGUUUGGAGCUCUGAGCUUUUCCAUUCUGGAAACUAAACUGUACGCAAUACGUUACAUUGAUCUAGUGACAACUCAAAGCAAAUGUUCGGUCACAUUCGGGAGUACAGAAACAACAAGCAGUAUUUCACAUUCUCUAAUGGAGAUGGUUCACGUUUUUGAAAAUGAUGUUCCAAAGUACCAACGUAAUUACAUGUGCUACCUUUCAGAAGUUCCCGGUAUCAGAAGUUCUUUCACCUACAAAGCCGGGCUUUACUUCAGUUUUCCGGUCACAUUCAUCAACUACAAAUGCUGCACAUAUGCAUAUUCAUUUGUUAAAGUGCGGUUUCGUGAAUUAGAAUGCAACACGUUUUUUGAAAAGUGGCAUCUUCUAACGCAUGGUCCAUAUAUUCUUGGAGUAAUUUUGCUGUUGUAUUUUCCUAUUUUUCUGUUUGCGAUUCUUGCAUGCAUUUCUAAAGGCGUUCAAAAAAUUCCGAGGGAUGUCGAAAUGGAGCCGCUUCUAUCAAUAGACACAUACGAGCAAGAUAUAUGGGUUUACCAUGAUGGAAACUCGCCUGUAACAGUCCUAAACGUUUUAUUACAGCCACUUAAUUGCUUAAGGCGUAAACAUCCAAUCUUAGUUUCACGUCUCAAUCGUUUCUUUUGCGUAUGCCUUUCACCUAUGCUUAUCUAUUUGCAAUUGUAUAUGUUCAAAGAUGGGUAUGUUAAUUCAUAUAAUGAACCCUUUACGAGAAUUUCCGUCAAAGAUCUGGUCAAGUUUGGUCAACCUGUUGGGUUUCUUGCUCUAUAUGGCGAUAUGUCAGACAUGAAUAAAACAUUUGUCCCAAUUCUUGGUGGUCCAUUUGUUGUCAGUAUACUGUACUUUUCACUAGCCCUGAUUUUGAUAGUUUGUCCUAAAAGUUUAAAGACGAUCGUAAAUAAUGGUUUGCCGCGACAAAGCGAUGUUUCACCCUUGUUUCACGGCCUUGAUGACAUACCGAGGUCAGAAGCGUAUUAUCGUGCCCAGGACCAAGUGUAUGAAAGAGCAUCAGAAAUUUGCAAGCAAAGAGUUUACUUACUUUUUUCUGCUGAUCAAUGGAGGAAGGUAUACAGCAUCGAAAGAAAGAGAUUUAAGAGCCACCCCAUUUGCCAAGGUUUGAUGAGAACGAUAAUGGAGACACUGACGUUCCCAUUUAAAGCAAUUUUAUGUGCGUUUGAGGUAUUCAUCUAUAUUCUAUUAUUUCUGUUUCCGGUAGUUACUUUCAGCUUAAUAAUUCUCAAAGGUGCAGUUGUUUCAAAAAUAGAUACUAGAAAUUCAUUCAAAAGACGUGGCAGUAUAGUCAGCAACUUUGUAGUUCGGUUUUUCAUUACCGUCUUAGUUUUAGGGGCCGUCUUUGUAUUUGGUUAUUGCGUCUGUCUAGUGUUUCUUGAAAGUUUCACCUACCUGGCCCAGAUGGCCAUAUACUGUUUUGUGGCACUCAUUAAGUUUCCUACCAUAACAUUCGGCUAUCUGUUUUUCUUUGUGACUCUUGUGUACUACUUGGUACAUUUAUUAAAUGCUUUUGCAGACGAUUAUUCGCGACUGUUAGAGAUAAUUUUGAACAAAUGUAUUGAUCUAGAGAGAAAUGAAACUAUCCGUGUUCUCAAAGAUGAAACAAUAAUUAUUAAAGUAAAUGGAAAAGUAAUGGUUCCUUUAGAAACACAAAUCAAAAUCCAAUCACGAGUUCACAAUGUACAAAUGGUGAAGCACAAAGGUUUUGCCCCCGGAAUUCCACGGGAGCUGUUUAACAAAGUUGUUAAGAAAAAACGGCCAGUAAAAGUGCAGAUGGUGAACUUAUUUUUCCACUUUAUAAUCAUUAUGACUCUUAUUAUAGUUACAUUUAAUUUAGUAUCUAAGUUCAACUCGGGAAUUACCACAACUGAAUCCGAAGUAUUGAACAUUGUAAUUACUGCGAUUGUUGGAUUCAUACCAACACUGGUGGAACUAUUUCUAAAAGGAGUGAAUGCCGCCAGGAGACUGGAGAUCGAGAAAAGGGAGAUCGGAAAAAUUGUUGAAAAGUUUUUUGAAAAUAGGGCCUGAACCUUAAGAUUUUAAUGAUUCUUGACGAUAUAUAUCCCAACUAUGUAUCAGUAGUUCAGUGUUAAAAUUGCCAUGCGUAAAUGCUUCUAUGCUUUCUCUAAAGUAAGGUUACUAUUUAUCAACGUGUUUUAGUACUACAGUGUUGUCUUAAAGAAUAUUAAUUUGACUUG